UUUCACACACCGCACGUCAGUUCGCCCGCGCCAGCUGAGAUUGACAGAACUGACGUAGCGCGUUGUUUGGUGUGAACUGCGAAAUGUCAUCUAAUAUAAUUAGCGAAAAGUUGCAGAUAGAUACGAAACUGAACGGUUUGAGUGCUUCGUUAAGUGAUAAAGGACUGACGCCUCUGAGCGGGCGGUAUAAAGCUAAGAGUUUGUCGAGUGAUAAGUUGAACGAGUCGAACGCAGAUCGGGCGGCGAUCCUGGACGAUGUGGAGGCUCACCACGUCGCUGAGAAGUCGGAAACUCCUGGGUGUUUAGUGCAGAAUAAAGUGAUGGAUCAGGAAAAACAUAACGGGAACGGGUUCAAAGAUGGCAAAGCGUCAUACGGCACAGGCACAGGCACAGACAGUCCAGCGAGAGGCCGGCGGGUGAUAUUCUGUGUCCACGGGAACCCCUCAACAGGGUGCUGCGCUGUCAUAGAGACUGAAGAUGGAGGCGAGCCCCAGCGCAAUGGGAGCAUCGUGGAAGUUGAACGACGACUACACUGUCACAGAACGAGGAACGAAGAGAUAGACAAACGGGCGAGGAGAAAACUCAUCAUAGCCAGUAUAUUAUGCGUCAUAUUUAUGUUAGGAGAAAUUAUCGGUGGCUACUUAUCGAACAGUCUCGCCAUAGCCACGGACGCUGCCCACCUUCUCACGGAUUUCGCCAGUUUUAUGAUAUCGCUGUUUUCUAUUUGGGUGGCCAGUCGGCCGGCUACUAGAAGAAUGCCCUUCGGCUGGUACAGAGCGGAAGUAAUAGGCGCCCUUACCUCAGUCCUCCUCAUCUGGGUGGUGACCGGUAUCCUAGUAUACAUGGCCGUUCAGAGGGUCAUAUAUCGGCAGUUCGAGAUAGAUGCUACCGUCAUGUUGAUCACUUCUGCUGUAGGCGUGCUGGUCAACCUCAUUAUGGGCUUGACUCUGCAUCAGCACGGGCAUAGCCACGGCGGCGGCGGUGGUCACGGACAUUCGCAUGGAGGCAGCAACCCUGUUCUUAAUAAUAAGGAUCGCACGAGCGAGUCUGACGUGGAGAGCUCGUCGUCUCACCAACACGACAGAGACAACAGAGAGAACAUCAACGUGCGAGCAGCCUUCAUACACGUUUUAGGAGAUUUCCUGCAGAGCUUCGGCGUUCUGGUUGCUGCUAUCGUCAUUUACUUCAAGCCGUCAUGGGACCUGGUGGACCCGAUCUGCACGUUCCUGUUCUCUGUGCUGGUGCUGCUCACGACCUUCAACAUCAUCAAGGAAACCCUGCUGGUGCUCAUGGAGGGCUCCCCGAGAGGACUCGACUUCCAGGAGGUGGCGAAUACGUUCCUAACCCUACCCGGCGUCGUGCGUGUCCACAAUCUGCGCAUGUGGGCGCUUUCGCUCGAUAAAACUGCCCUGUCGGCGCAUUUAGCCAUCCGCACCGGAGUGAGCCCACAGAAAGUCCUAGAGCAAGCGACGCGGCUGGUCCACGACAAAUACAACUUCUUCGAGAUGACGCUCCAGAUUGAGGAGUUCAGCGACGGCAUGGAGACCUGCGGCCAGUGCAAGAUGCCGCAGUCGUGAGUCCCUAGUGCUGUAAAGUAGAAUUCCCUACUCCAAUGCCGAUGUUGGCUGACCAUUCGUUUAUUUUUAAGCCUUUAGCAGGUCAUUUACAGUACAUUGUGCAACAUGGGGCGUAAGUUAAAUAUUGCAAACGAGAGCAAGUUCCGGCUCCGGCAAGCCGUCGCGAUUUAUAGACUCGAGUUUGCAAUAUUGUUACACCCCGAGUUACACACAAUGUUUUUCAUCACACUUGCGAUACAAAAAUGAAGUAUAAAGACAAAAAGCUGUUAAUUAUGGUUCUAGAAACUUCAUUACUCCCUAGGGAAAGCGCUUUUUCUAUUACUCCCGCUAAGCCUGCGUGCAAUUCCACAUUUAAUGAGCGAGUGUGAUGAAAAGAAAAUGGCGCUGUCAUUAGUUGAAGAAUUGUGACUUUCCAUCAGAGAAGGGUCUUUAUGCUUCAUGAGCAAUAAGGACCUUUCUAUCAGAAUUUCUGUUUAGAUUUCAGAUAAAAAGGAACAUAUUGCACUUGAAGCAGAACCCUUCUGUGAUGGAAAUCCAUAAUUUAAAGUAGAUCGUAUUGUAGUUGAAAUAAAGUCCAAUUCCAUAUACACUCAUUAGUCAAAUUGAAGUUCUAGCGUCGAAACGAAAAGGCAAUGUAUGUAAAAGGAAAUUGAAACUAGAGUCUAAAAUAAAUAUUUUUCGUGUCUAUUAACGUAUUAACAGGGGUCAUUACGUCAAUUUGGAAGUUUAACUAUUUUUAUUUUUAAAAAGAGUAAUUUAAAAACAAAAAAAAACUGUUCUGUCAGUUUACGAUUAGCUGAAAAACAACUCGGCCGAUUUUGAUUCAGUUUUGAACUUUUCACAUAUAUGAGCUUUAUUUAAUCUUAAUUUCGACCGAAACGUAGGCGACUCAAACAAGCUAUUUUUAUUUGGUCACGAAUCGCAAUAAAAGUAGCAGUUUCCUUAACGACAUUGCUUUUUGGUUAGAUUGACAUUUUAUGUAAUUAUUACGAUCCAGUUAAACUAUGGACCUUAAAAAAAAUCCUAGUUCCGUACGCAGCUCAAUGCUAUGUGUUUGUCAAAAUGUUUGAAAACCUAUUGUACAGUCAGCAGCAGAAGUUGCUUAGCGGGCGAGGUGUUCAAAAUUACCUGGACGCGCUCUUAUUCUCUCAACAAUAAAGUCGCGCCAAGAUCAUUUUGAACACCUGGGCCGCUUAGCAACUUCUGCUGUUGACUGUAUGUACAAUUGGACAGCCUUUUUACGUAAAUCCGAAUUUAUGAAGUAUUUAGUGUAUAAAUCAGUAUUUAUUAUUACAUAGAUUGGUGUAGUUGAAAGUACUUAUUAGUAUCAAAAUUGUGUUUAGUCUUGUAGCUUACAAGCCAGACCAAUAAAUUACGUACUAUGUUUUCUGCUUGUAAAAGGCAACCAGGAGAAUUUGAAAAUCACAAAUCAACAUGAAUACAAAAUAUUCAUUAUUUAUGUACGGAUUUAUUUGUAUGUACUUAUUCAAAAUUGUUUUAAAAUACUUGUAUAUAUACCUACAAGUACCCGUCAAAAAACUAUGGAUACCAAAAAAUAUAAGCAAGUUUAUAUUGUAUUUUAGCGCAAUUUUUAUAUGUGCACUUAAGUAUGUGAGGUGCUAUUAUAAUGCCUUUGUUGAUAUUAUAAUAAUUAGCUAAAUUGCUCAAAUACCUAAAAGCAAUAACCACUUUAUAUGUAGAUAAUAUAGAAAAAUGUAUGGGAUAAAAAUAAUUCUAGUUAUUAUUGUAAUAAACUAGUUCCUAUCGAUGUUAUAGAAACAAUGUAAAUAUAUUACUUCUUAAUAUACAAGAAACAGAUCAGACUGUGCAAUCAAAUAAAAAGGUCUUUGCUAGUAAUAUUAAUAAUGUAAAUUUAAGUGAAAAUUUAUCUCUAAGUGAGAUAUAAGUGUAUCUACAGAGUUCUACAAUGUAAAAUGUGCCUUAAUAAUACUUAAAAUAGAAUUCAUAAUUCUGAUUAUUACCGUCACUUCCACAGAUCGCUUACGCUUAAAGAUUUAAAAUGAAGUGUGCGAAAGAGAGAGGCAGACUAUAAACGAAACAAGUGACCAGUUAUGAUCUUCACAGCGGCCGCCAACGGCCGAUUGCCACGCAUAUUCGGGAAACGAGAUAAUCACAAGAUCUAGAAACGAUAUACACGGUGUAACAUGAGGAAACCGAAUAAUUUUAACCACGCAUUUCUGAGGUCAAAAGAAGUAAAAAAUGUAAUAUGAGUUUAGGUAAAUUUCGCCAAAAAUUUUUUUUUGUUUUGUUUUUUUUUUUUAAUUUUUUGAAUGUAUUUGUACAUAAAAAAUAAAUGUUAUUGGUAAACUUGUCACUUAAAAUUGAUUUUUACAUUUUUUUUUCGUAGAACCUACUUUUUGCAUAGUGUUAGUUGUCACUUUUUGACAUCUAUCAAUAAGGAUAUUUAGACUACGUCCCAUAGCAGCAACACCACCAUCAAAAAGGCCUUUUACACUAAGUAAUAAUAAAAAUUUGUUUUUUUUUAAUUAAUAAUAUCUCUGAAACUAGGCGAAUUUCAAAAAAGUUUAUAGGACAUUUUUGUCUCUAAAUAUGAUCAGGAAUACGCUGUUAAAAUUAUUCGGUUUACUCAUGUUACACCGUGUAGAGAUCAACUAGAUUUACAUUAGAUAUCGACUAGAUGUGACUUGGAUAUCUAAGUCAUAACUUGUCGAAAUCGUUCAAGAGGGCCUCCAGAAUCGCGGAAACGUCAAAUUUGACAUAUCUAUCUUACAAAUAUCUUUAAAUUAUCCAUAUCGUAACUUGUUGAGGUCUAGUAGAGAUCUAAUACAUUUUCAGAAUCGAGCCGUGCAUCCGCGGUUAGUGGAUUGGAAAAUAAUGUAGGGUAGGGUGGGGUAAGACUCUCACUUGUAUGCAAUCCUCAUACCGUUUGUCUUGCUCCGAGCAAAAUAAACAACACAUGUUAGUCUUACCCCACCUUACCUUGAAGCUGUAUUUAGAGGAUACAGAGGAUUAUAACUUGGAAUAUACUGUUAGAAAAGGAAAUGGUUCACGCAAUAUUUUUUUUCUGAAUUUGUGAUAGUCCUAAUCAAGAGGGACCUUAUGGCGCUUAUGCCAUUGUUAACGGCGCACUAAUACGUAAUACGCCAUAAGGUCCCUUUUGAUAUGGACUGUCACAUUUAAUAUGAUAACACUUGACAUCAUUUCGAUCUUGGUAGCACUUUUGAUAUUUGUUAUGCUAUUAAAAGGGACCUUGUUGUCGAUGGCGCUUACGCUAUUAUUAACAAUGCUCCGAUAUAAAUACAAUGCCGCGCGACGCUGUGCGGCGUAAGCGCCAUCGAAAAUAAACUCCCUUUUCAUAGACAAUGCCCCAUUUGACAGGCAAUCUUGUACAGUCGCCACUAGCAUCUCCCAAGCGUCGGCGUCUAGCCAACUCUAUGGCUGCUGCGGAGCGACGCUAUUUUCCAUACAGUUGACUAGACCCCGAGGCUUGGAAGUUGGGAGACGCUAGCGUGGAGUGGCCCUUAAAGCACUGGUUUAUACAUUUUUAGAAUUAUUUUUCAUGUCAAGUCUGCGUCUUUGCAUGUAUAGAACAAAAUGUUCUAACGUAUAAUUAAUGCCUAUAUUGAAUGAAUUGUAUCAGGCAGUAGUAAAUAAUCUAAUUUAUAUGAAUUUUAAUUAUAGUUAUUAUGUAAGUACCCUUAGAAAGGAACUGAGUCUUCCAAAUAUGUUGCUUAAGCAAACACGUUUAAUGUAUUUCAACGGAAAAUAUAUUUUCUGAAGUUA